GCAGCAAACAUUAUUUUCACAGCUGUCAAAGUUGUGUUGUUUGUGCGCUUCGUCCUUUUGGAACCAAAAUUUCUUGCAAACCAAAUUUAUUUGCGGUAUAAAAAAGCACCACAAUGGUUGUACCUUCAACAACCUCCCGGGACACCGUUCUGGAGUUGAUCAAGCAGAAAGACUCAAUUGAAGCAAAAAUCAGUGACCAGGGCAAAAUUUUACAGGCAAACCGAGUAGGCAUGGACGAUCCCCUAGUCGACGGCAAUGGAUACCCCCGAAGCGACAUCGACGUCUACCAAGUGCGGCAGGCCCGGCAUCAGAUUAUUUGCCUCCAGAAUGACCUGAAAUACAUCAUGAAACAGAUCGAGCAAGGGCUGCACACGGUUCACGCUGAGACCGCCGCACAACAGCAGGAACAUCUAGGUUCCACUAAGCUGCAGUCGAUGGAAGUGACGGACGGUGAUGGCGAAACCAGCAGCACGCAACUCGUAAGACCGGCUUCCGUGAAACCGAUCGCCAAAGUCAAUGUGGUUAGUGACGGUUCUCCGGCUCAAGAAGCUGGAAUCGCUCUACGGGAUGAAAUCAUCGAAUUUGGUACGGUCAACGCGGGGAACUUUCGUGAUCUCUCCCAGAUUGCCGUAGUGGUUCGAAGCUGCGAGAAUAGAACCAUACAGGUGAAGGUCCGGCGUGAUGGAGCGCUACUCGAUCUACUACUGACACCGAAAAGCUGGUCCGGUCGUGGUCUGCUCGGGUGCAAUAUCGUCCCGAUCGAAUCCACCACUGUAAAUUAAAAUAGAAUACCCAAAGCGUUUCUUUUCGUUCAUUGUAAAAAUAUACACGAAAACACAAAAAAAGUUAUCAUCGAUACACAA